GUGGGUGCGCGUUGCCGGGCAGUCAGCUGGCCGCGGGGCGAUAAGAGGGCGGGCGGCGCGGGGCGGCGGCGCUCGGUGCUCGCUCGUAUCCUGCUGCCCUCGGGAGGGAGACAGGGAAAGAGCGGGAGAAAAGAAGAGACGCCCGCUCCGCCAUGGCCGAGACGAUCGCCGACACCCGGCGGCUGAUCAGCAAGCCGCAGAACCUGAACGACGCCUACGGGCCGCCCAGCAACUUCUUGGAGAUCGACGUUGGCAACCCCCAGACGGUGGGGGUGGGCCGCGGCCGCUUCACCACCUACGAGAUCCGCGUCAAGACAAAUCUACCUAUCUUCAAAUUGAAAGAAUCUACAGUCAGAAGAAGGUACAGUGACUUUGAAUGGCUAAGGAAUGAACUAGAAAGAGAAAGCAAGGUUGUGGUACCACCUCUACCAGGAAAAGCUCUUCUCCGUCAGCUCCCCUUCCGAGGAGACGAUGGCAUAUUUGAUGAUUCCUUUAUAGAGGAAAGGAAGCAGGCUCUUGAACAAUUCAUAAACAAGGUUGCAGGCCACCCACUGGCACAGAACGAGCGCUGUCUUCACAUGUUCUUGCAAGAUGAAGUAAUAGACAAAAACUACACACCAUCCAAAAUAAGACAUACUUGAGUUCCGAAACAGUCUUCUCAAACAUUAGUGGUUCUUAUGCUUGGUUUUAAGAGGUUGUAGUUUGUCUUAGCAUGCUGAGGAUAAACAGGCACGAAGUCUCCACUAACAUCAGUACACUGCUUGGGCUUUUGCAUAUGCUUUAUAGCAUUAAAGAACUCACUUGUCUUCUAGCUAAAUCCCUCUGACUCCUUGAUUUAAGAGUAUUAUACUAUGAGACCAUCCACCCCUUGCAAUGUCUCACAGACCUUUCCACUCUUAUUUGCAAUGACUUAACAAUGUUUACUGACUUGGCCUUACUUGAACUUGCACAGUUGUAGUGUCACGUGUUCACUUGUAUUUGACUAAACUGCUAUGCUGUUUCUGAGGUAGUAAUCUGUCUGAACUUCUGUAGAAAGAUUGCUUUAUUUCUGAUACCCUGUGUGAGAAACACUUAUGCAAUUGUCUUCAAGCUUGUAAAAACACUUUAUACUGAAGUAAUGAGGGAAUUAUCUUUAUAUUCUGUAAGAGGGAAAAAAAAUCAAAUUUAUAUACUAAAGUAACUUGUCUAAAGUUUUGAAAUAAAAGUGAAAAUGCACUUCAAAUGUUUUGUCACUCUUGACCUUGAGUGUGGGGUAUCUCAUGCUUUCUGAGAAGCAGGGACUUGACUAUACUAAGUGAACCGGUGUUUCAGCCUUGCUGUGAUGCUCUUCAAUGUAGUCUUGUGUUACUAACAACCACUAAAUACCCCUAGGUGCUGGCACUCACUGAUCAAGUGGUUUGGGAAAAGAGUACCUUUCUACUUGUUAUGAGAAGCCUCAAUCUAGCUUCGACUAGCAAGUGAAAAUUAUACCGUCCUACAGAGAAAGGAAUGUUGACAUAACCAAUUAGAUUAAAGUAGCUCUGCUCUACAAAUACAAUUAUGGAGAUGAAAUUGUACAAGCCAGCUCUGAGAUGUGAUUGUAGACCACUUCCCUGAACACUAAAGGAAGGGGAAGCUGUAGCAUUGUGCUUGUAUGACCACAGGUGAAAUGCAGGUGGUUGGUGCCUGAACUGCAGUUCACAAGCAACGCUGCUGAAGUCAUCUUUCUCACUAGAUGCCUCUAUGGCUGGAGGAGCUUCCAUAGUGCUUCCAGACAUGACAUUGGAGUUUCCUAUCCACAUGCUCUUGAAAACAGAUCCAAGAACACUCUAGUAGCAAUCUGAUACAGUGUUUUGUGCUAUUUGGUAACAAGCUUAGGCUUGGCUCUGCUUUUCUUUCCUUCUUAUAAUACUACUUAUCACUGCUGAGAACGUCCUGCGGACUUACUAGCAAAGUUAUUAGUUUCCUUUAAAUAAGACUAUUAACUUCAGUCAUGGAAAUCUGGAUGUAGAAGAGCGAGCUGACAAAAGUGGUGGCUGACUGGAUUAUAUGUAGUACUAGUGACUAGCUCAAAUAAUCGCUCUUUCCCCCUCAUACUUAACAAAAACUGUGUUGAAUCUUUCCAACAGUCCUAAUAAUGAAACCAGGGACCAAAACUGACACAGUCCACUUGCAGCCUAGAGCUGUCUAGCUUUUCAAGAAGUUUUUGAUGAUGUAAAAUCAAUUCUAAAAUUCCAUGUGCUUGCUGAAUCACACUUAAAAUUUGAGUUACUCUUGGAAAUGGGGGAAGAAGGGCUAAAUGUAUAUGAAGUUUUAUUAUUUAGGUUUACAUACGUAGUAAAGUGUUUUUUCUCAAAUGUUCUUUUCUGAGAGAAGCUUCUUUCAGAAAUCAAAGUAAAUGCCCCAUCUUAUCCUUAAAAGAUGACACAAUCUGUAUCAUCGGCUGUGGAAAUAAAAGAGUUAAGCUGAAGAGGGAGAAGCUGUGUGCUUGAUGUCAAAGUAUUCCUAGUUCCGAGGUGAGGACUUGGAGAUUGACAGGGCAUCUGCACUGGACUCUGGGAUUUUGCCUGGGCUUCCAUCCUUCAAGGCUAACUGGAGACCCUAAUUCUAGUGUAGUGUAACUGGUUCUGUGUCUGUGCAAUCUGCAGUACUGGGAGGAAGACAUGGCCUGAGAUCAGCUGUGCCUAAACCACAGGGAUCUGGGCAUUGUUCCCAGCUGGUGAGUCUGCUUUGCAGCUGGGCUAGGUUCCUGCAGGUAAGAGGAUGAGAUAUGGAUGUGCACUCAUUGCUCUCCCUGCUCUGCAACUGGGAGAAAGCCAGUACACUCCGUUGCCUCCUCUAGCCUGGGUGAUGUAGGGAGUAGGACUACAGUGCACUGCAGAAUACGGUUGCCUUGCAGCAUGAGUGCAGUUCGUGUUUAUUGCUGCUCCGGGACAGCAGCAUGAAUCUUAUUGAAAUUAGUGUUCUGUCAUGGGUUCUGCACAGCACUGGGUUCAACUGUUUUAGCUCAUAAACUGAAUUGUCGCAGAGUGGAGAGCCGCAAUUGAUUUUCUGCCCUGUCUAGUUCUUUUUAGUGUGGAGAGCAAAAAAUGGUUGAAGGUUUUUACAGGUACAGUAAGAAAACUUCAUAAAGUGUUUGUUGGUUUCUUUCUAAGAAUGUGCUAGGCCUUGUGGUAAAUGCAUUCUCAAGUGCCCCAUGCUGGUUUGUAUAGAAGAUGAUUCAAAGUCCUGUAGUCCAUACUUUGUCUCACCUGACUCAUUAAAAGGCUGGUCUCAGAUACUUUAUGGGCCUGGCUGUCUUGGAAAGGGCAGAAUGUGAGACCUAGCAAACUGCACCAAUGGGAGAGAGAUGGGGUGGAAACUCUGAUCUCUGAAACACGUGAGAUUUUUGUGGAGUCUUUUGUUUUUUUGGAGUCAACGGAGCUAGGGUUUCACUUGUGACCCUUGACGCUGGAAACCAAGGAGCCAUUGAUAUACACUACAUUUUAGCCUGUCAUUUUAGCCUGCGUGGCUCUUUGGUCACUCAUUGCCACAUGAAUACUGUGUUAUAUUUCCAUUCUCCUAUUGCCAGCUUGUUCCUGUGCAUUGGGAGUUGCUUAAGUCUUUCUUUGGUGUGAUUACACAAUUGGACGCCUUAAUAAAACCUCAGAAUGUUUUUAAUUGAA